UUACCGCCAAUCCCCGUCCCCAUAGGGCUCGAUCGCAAAACAAAUGAAGAAUUGGCCAAACAUACGAAAGUUGACGCUACAUUGGCUAUUUGACGGUGCCUACUGGCAGUGCAAGCACGUCAAUGAUCGCUGGGAGCGCGAGAAUGAUGAGCUUUGCGAGUUAUGCGAUUGCAUAGAUAUUCCUUUCCUCGACUGGCUGACACCUCCUUUCUACUGCAAAACCGGCGGGGCGAUGUCCCUUUCUUGCCUGCAUAGCGAAUACGCUCUUGACGACACCAUACGGACUGUUUUGUGCCUGGACGAUAGUGCUCCACUGGAUACGGACGAUCCGAAUCUGCUUUUCUGGGCACGGGAAGCACGGAAUUACCCCUUGGUUGUCAGGGUCGUGCGCCAACUGGCAAAGGCGAAUCUCGCCCUCGAAGGGUACGAAUGGUUCGUCACCGAGGAUGCGGAUUCCAAAGGCAGACGUCGUUCUAUGGAAAUGGCGUAUCUCUAGGCAUCCCG